AUGGCGUAUAAUAACAAUAAUAAUAGUGCCAAUUAUAAUUAUAAUUUUAAUCGACACAAUUCUAUAGGAGGAAGUUGGCAUUUACCCCCACCACCACCACCUCAACCUCAACCUCCUUCUACAGGUGCAUACCAACAACAUUUAUCACCUAAUAAUCCUAAUGGUCAAGAUAUUUUAUCAUCAGAUUCACAAUUCCUGCCACAAUUGAAAUCAAAUCAAAUUCCUGGAUUCCGUAACCCUUGGUUUUCUCAACAACAAAACGCUACCCCGAAUAUGUUAUCAUCUUCUUCUUCAUCUACAUCAACAUCAUUAUCUCAAUCACCGACUAAAUCACAUCAAAUACCAUUAUUACAACAACAUCAACCUCCAUUACUAAAUAAACGAUUAUCAUUUACUAAUAAUUUGCCCAUAACUUAUGAACAUGAAAGUACUAGCAAUAACAACAACAACAACAACAACAACAACAAUAAUAAUAAUAAUAAUGAUAAUGGGAAUAAUGGUAACAAUAAUGUGCCACCAUAUAUACAUCCACCUACUCGUGCUGAUAAUCCAUUUAAUCAUUAUUUUGCCAAUCAAGAAGUUACUUUAAGUAAUAAUGAUCGUAGAAUGUCUGCUGCUGUAGAUGGAACCCAUUAUAAUCCAUAUGGAUUCAAUCAACAACAACUCAAUGCUUAUCCAUCUGGUCCUGCUGGAGUUGCAGGUGCUCAAUAUCUUAAUAAUCCUAAUUUGGGUCCCCUGAUAAAUGCCAAUAGAAGAUCAUCUGUAGGUGUAUUACCCAAUUAUUAUCGUCAACAACAACAACAACAACAGCAAGUACAAAUACAGGACCCAUCAGCAGCAGCAACAGCAGCAGCGGCAUAUUAUCUUCCACCAGCUAGAUUAGGAAGAUCAGCUCUGAUUGUUCAAUAUCAACAAUAUCAACAAGCAUUACAAAAUCAAAGAAUAACUAAACAUAAAAACCCUGCACCUAAAGCGAGGAAAAUAUAUAAUAAAUUGGAUUUAACUCCUAAAUUUCAUCAACAACCUAAAUAUAGACGAUGUUCUAUAAAUUCAAUUCAUAUAUCUCCAGUUAAUGCAUUAUCAAUAUAUUUAACUGAAUCAUAUAGUUUAUGUCAACCAAGGAAAUUCCAAUAUUCCAAAUCAACUAAUCCUAAACGAGUUCUUACUAAACCACUGGAACCUAAAUAUAAUAAUGGAUAUGAUAAUGAAGAUAGUGAUUAUAUUUUAUAUGUUAAUGAUGUAUUGGGAAGUGAAGAAGGGAAAAAAUAUAUGGUAUUAGAUUUAUUAGGAUCAGGAACAUUUGGACAAGUUGUUAAAUGUCAAAAUCUUAUUAAUCAAACAGUUUGUGCUGUUAAAGUGAUUAAAUCAAAACCAGCAUAUAUGAAUCAAUCAUUAACUGAAGUUCGAUUAUUAGAAUUUUUAAAUACUAAUAGUGAUGGGAAAAAUUUCAUUAGAUUAUUGGAUACAUUUAUGCAUAAAGAACAUCUUUGUUUAGUUUUUGAAAUAUUGGCAUCGAAUUUAUAUGAAUUAAUUAAACAAAAUCAAUUUCAAGGUCUUAAUAUGAAAUUAGUGAAAUUAUUAACUAAACAAUUAUUAGAUUCAAUGGCACAAUUGAAAAAUUUUCAAAUGAUUCAUUGUGAUUUAAAACCAGAAAAUAUUUUAUUAUGUCAACCUGAUAAACCCAAUAUAAAAGUUAUUGAUUUUGGUAGUGCUUGUUUUACUAGAAAUACCAUAUAUACUUAUAUUCAAUCAAGAUUUUAUCGAUCACCAGAAGUAAUAUUAGGAUUACCUUAUACUGAAUCAAUUGAUAUGUGGUCAUUAGGUUGUAUAGUAGGGGAAUUAUUUUUAGGAUUACCAAUGUUUCCUGGAACUUCAGAAUAUAAUCAAAUUUAUAAAAUUGUUGAUAUGUUAGGACUUCCUCCAAGGCAUAUGAUUGAAGUUGGGAAAAAUUCAUUAAAUUUUUUUAAAAAAAAAAUCAUCACCACCACCACCAAUACCACUAAUCCAGAUACAAAACCAAUUUAUGAACUUAAAUCAUUUGAUGAAUAUUGUCAAUUUUUAGAAUAUAAACGACAAAAACAAGAAGGAAAUACUACCACAAAUACCACCACCACCACGAAUGGUCUGCUGCAACAUCAUAAUCAUAAUUAUAAAAAGGAACAACCGAAUAAAAAUUAUUUUAAACAUAAAUUAUUAAAAGAUAUUAUUAUUAAUUAUAAAUUACCUUCGAAAAAAAUGACAAAUUCAAUGAUUGAAAAAGAAUAUCAUGAUCGAUUAUUAUUAAUUGAUUUUUUAACUAAAGUAUUAAAUUUAAAUCCAUUAGAAAGAUUAACUCCUCAAGAAGCUUUAAAACAUCCAUUUAUUAUUGAUGUUAAUACCAAUGAUCUAUAA